CCCAUGUGGCGAAGCUUAAACAAACCCUCACUUCACCGCCCCAUGUUUCUCGAAAAUUCCCAGCAAUGAGCGUCCCGAAAGCAGUGGCGGCGACGAUCCGGCUGAAGGUGCCCGCUGGCGGAGCCCGGCCGGCGCCUCCGGUGGGCCCGGCGCUAGGGCAGUACCGUCUGAACCUGAUGGCCUUCUGCAAGGACUUCAACGCGCGCACGCAGAAGUACAAGCCCGACACGCCCAUGGCCGUCACGAUAACGGCGUACAAGGACAACACUUUCGAGUUCACCGUCAAGUCGCCGUCUGUCUCCUGGUACCUUAAGAAAGCCGCCGGCGUGGAGUCCGGCAGCAGCCGCCCCGGUCACGUGACCGCCUCCACGCUCUCCGUUCGGCACGUGUUCGAGAUCGCCAAGGUCAAGCAGUCCGAUCCCUUUCUCCAAAACAUGCCUCUCCAGUCCAUUUCCAAGUCCAUCAUCGGAACCGCCAAUAGCAUGGGGAUUAAGAUCGUUGAGGAUCUCCAGUGAAGCUUUUUUUUUUUUUUUUUUUCAAUUGUUUUCUUCUGUUGUUAUUGUUAUUGUGUUCUGUGAAAGCUCUUUUGAUUAGUGGAGGAGAAGCCAGAGCUUGCUUGCACAUAAGUUUUGUUAUGAUAAUUUUGCUAAUGCAAGUUUUAAUUUAACAAAUCUUAUUAUUUGAAUAAUUA